AUGUACAAAAAAAAUAAAAAUGCCAGUUUGUUAGCUUCCAAAGGUGCUGAAGUUAUUUACAUUGAUUAUAAUGACAAGAAUGAUCUUGUUAAAGCUCUUAAAGGAACCGAUGUUAUUGUCAGUGCUAUAGGCGAUACUGAUCAAUUGGCCACUCAAUGUGCUCUUUUAAACGCUGCAAAAGAAGUUGGUGUAAAAAGAUUCAUUCCAUCUGAAUUUGGUUGUGAUAUUAAAGAGAUAACUGGUGAACUCCAUCCAUUCCACAAGCCCAAAGUCGAAUUUUUUCAAGAAUUAGAAAAAAGUGGGAUGGAAUAUACUAUUAUCGUUAAUGGUUUAUUCUAUGAAUAUCUCUCAUCGUUAGGAUUCGAUCAUAAAAACAAGAAAGCCACGUUCUAUGCUGAUGGUAACACGAAGGUAGUCUGCACAUCUUACCCUGACAUUGGUAAAUAUACUGUUGAAUCUCUUGAGUUAACUGAAGCCCGUAAUGGUACUAUUAGAGUUGCUGGAUCUGUCUUAACAUUGAAUGAAUUGCUUAAAAAGCAUGAGGAAGUUACUGGCACAAAAUGGGAAGUUUCCAGUGAUUUAACUGUGAGACAAAGACAUAAAAAUAAUACUGCUCCAGUUCCUACACUUGUAGAUGAUUUCAGAGCUUACCUAACUGUCAAUAUAGAUAUCAAAAAUUUACAUAACGAUAAGUUUAGCUUUACCCCUCGUCCUAUUACUGAAGGCAUCAGUCUUCUUGUGAAAA